AGAGCCCGCGUGGCCUGCCGGGUCUGGAGCAAGGUUCCGGUGGUUGGUGCGAACGGUUUCAGCUGCUGCUCUCAACAUGGACACGGACGUUGGAGCUGCUGAGGCCCGGCAGCACCCAUUGAAGCUGACCCGCCCAGAGGACCUACUUAGGUUUCCACAUCCACUGCCGCCCCCGCGCAUUCACAUCCGGCCGUGGUGGUUUCCGGUGCAGGAACUGGAAGACCCCGCGGUGUUCUACCUGGAGGCAUGGGUGGCGGACUUGAUCUUUGGCCCAGACCGCGCCAUGAUUCCGGAAAUGGAGUGGAUGAGCCAGGCCCUGUUGAGGGUGGACCCAGUGGACUCCGGGAAUUUAGUGGAAAUCACGGUCCACGCACGGCCCCGUGUGCAGAACCGGGUGAAGAGCAUUCUCCUGAGCCUGGCGUCAUGGCACCGAGAACGUCGUGUGGCGCGAGCGGAGAAGAUGAAGCACCUUGAGGAGUUCCUGAAGACUCGUUCAUCGGGGCCGGACGCUCCCCUGCAUCUCGAUACUUAGAGCACAGGACUACGGCCAGGAGCAGAGCAUUAGAACAGCCUUGCUUUUUCUAAACUUGGAGAGAAGCAGGUGACCCUAAUCCCUACAUUCCUUUUUCCUGUGACUUGACAGUACUUCUGAUGUGAAUGUGCAUUUGUAGAGAUAUUCGAAUAAAUGGACUUUUUUUGUCCAAUGAC